GUCCUUCCUUCCACAGCCUACUUCAAAGUUCAAAGUUCAAAGUUCUCAACUUCUGCAAGCUCUCUUCAUUUUUUCCUGAGAAAGAAAUUCCUCCGUAUUCAAUUUUCCUGAGAAAAUUUGCUUAUCAAGCUACCAGGAAAAAUCCGUAACAGCCUCUUUUUUGCUCAUGUUAUUCAAAUUGCUAAAAUGAUCCUCUCACCUUCACUCUCCCUAUCCAAUCCUUCACCUCUCUACACAAACCUCCUUAAACCCAAUCUCAAACCUAAUCUCUUGCCGUACCCUAAUAGAAGACUCAUUUCACUCUCCGGAGACCGGAAAACGUACUCAGGCGCGGCAAAAGCACGAGCCAAAACAAAAGAACUCGUCCUUGGGAACCCCUCCGUAGUCGUGGAAAAAGGCAAAUACAGUUACGAUGUUGAGACCCUAAUUAACAAACUAAGCAGUCUCCCUCCACGCGGCAGCAUAGCACGCUGCCUUGAAAUCUUCAAGAACAAGCUUUCUUUAAACGACUUCGCUUUAGUAUUCAAAGAAUUCGCUCAACGUGGAGACUGGCAAAGAUCACUCCGUCUAUUCAAGUAUAUGCAACGCCAGAUCUGGUGUAAACCUAAUGAACAUAUUUACACUAUUAUCAUUAGUUUGUUAGGCCGUGAAGGUCUCCUCGAAAAAUCCACCGAAAUUUUCGAGGAAAUGCCCACUCACGGUGUGCCACGCAGCGUGUUCUCUUACACGGCGUUAAUUAACUCUUAUGGCCGUCAUGGUCAGUAUGAGGUGUCACUUGAGUUGCUAGAAAGAAUGAAGAAAGAGAAGGUUACUCCUAGUAUAUUAACUUAUAAUACUGUGAUUAAUUCGUGUGCUAGAGGAGGCUUAAAUUGGGAAGGUUUAUUAAGUUUAUUUGCUGAGAUGAGACAUGAAGGUAUACAGCCUGAUAUCAUUACUUAUAAUACGUUGCUUAAUGCUUGUGCUAAUAGAGGUUUAGGUGAUGAAGCUGAGAUGGUUUUUAGGACUAUGAAUGAAGGAGGUAUGGUGCCUGAUAUAACUACUUAUCGUAAUUUAGUUGAAACUUUUGGCAAAUUGAAUAAAUUAGAGAAAGUUAGUGAAUUGCUUAAAGAAAUGGAAUCUAGUGGUAAUUUACCUGAUAUUUCAUCGUAUAAUGUGUUAUUAGAGGCAUAUGCGAGUAAAGGGGAUAUUAGGCAUGCGAUGGGGGUGUUUAGGCAAAUGCAGGAGGCUAGAUGUGUGCCCAAUGCAGUGACGUAUAGUAUGUUGUUGAACUUGUACGGGGGGCACGGGAGAUAUGAUGAUGUUAGGGAACUAUUUUUGGAGAUGAAAGUUAGUAAUACAGAGCCUGAUGUGGGUACCUAUAAUGUACUUAUUGAGGUUUUUGGUGAAGGUGGGUAUUUUAAGGAGGUUGUGACGUUGUUUCAUGAUAUGGUGGAGGAGAAUGUUGAGCCCAACAUGGGGACUUAUGAAGGGUUGAUUUAUGCUUGUGGUAAAGGAGGGCUACAUGAAGAUGCUAAGAAGAUUUUACUUCAUAUGGAUGAGAAGGGGAUAGUGCCAAGUACUAAGGCAUAUACAGGUGUUAUUGAAGCAUAUGGACAGGCUGCGUCAUAUGAGGAGGCUCUUGUAAUGUUUAAUACAAUGAAUGAAAUGGGAAGCAAACCGACUGUUGAGACUUAUAAUUCACUUAUUAACAUGUUUGCAAGAGGUGGACUUUAUAAAGAAUCUGAAGCAAUUAUGUGGAAAAUGGGUGAAUCUGGGGUUGCACGAGACAGGGAUUCUUUCAAUGGUGUGAUUGAAGGUUAUAGACAGGGAGGCCAAUUUGAAGAAGCUAUCAAGACUUAUGUUGAAUUGGAAAAAGCACGAUUUCAGCCUGAUGAGCGGACAUUUGAGGCAGUUUUGAGUGUUUACUGCACUGCAGGUCUCGUUGAUGAGAGUGAGGAGCAAUUCCGCGAAAUUAGAGCUUCAGGGAUACUGCCUAGUGUCAUGUGCUACUGUAUGAUGAUAGCUGUUUAUGCAAGAAGUAACAGAUGGGAUGAUGCCUAUGAGGUGCUUGAUGAGAUGGUCACAAAUAAGGUGUCAAAUAUUCAUCAAGUGGUUGGGAAGAUGAUGAAAGGAGAUUAUGAUGAUUAUUCUAAUUGGCAAAUGGUGGAGUAUGUCUUUGAUAAACUUAACUCUGAAGGAUGUGGUCUGGGAAUGAGGUUUUAUAACACCCUUUUAGAAGCACUUUGGUGGCUGGGUCAGAAAGAACGGGCUGCAAGAGUGCUUAGUGAAGCCAUAAAGCGAGGACUUUUUCCUGAACUUUUUCGCAAAAGCAAACUUGUAUGGUCUGUGGAUGUGCACAGGAUGUGGGAAGGGGGUGCAUGUACAGCAAUAUCAGUUUGGCUUAAUAAUAUGCAUGAGAUGUUCUUGAAGGGGGAGGAUCUUCCUCAUGUGGCAUCAGUUGUUGCUGUACGAGGCCGGAUGGAGAAAGCCUUAGUUUCACAAGAUUGCCCUACUGUGAAGGCAGUCUAUUCCUUCCUGCAGGAAAAUGUUUCAUCAUCAUUUUCUUUCCCUGCAUGGAAUAAAGGUCGAAUUACCUGUCAGCGAUCCCAGCUCAAGCGCAUUCUGUCCAGCGCAGAAACACUUUCAGAUGACGACAAAAGAGAAAAAUUUAUUAUUUUGAAUAACUCCUCUUUUUCUCACCAUAGGACAAGAACAAGAACAAGUGAUGUUAAGAGUAGUCAACAUGAUAAUUCGAAUUCUGAAACAAGAACAGGAAGCAGAUCAGAGCUUAUGACUAGUUCAGUUUGAGUUGACAAUAUGCUAAAUCACUUCAUUAAUUUCUUAGGGCAUGGAAAUCUUCAUCUCUCUAUUUAACCAGACGGGGUUUAUGCCAAUGAUUGAUCUGCUGUUAUACCUUCUGAUAUUUCCACUGGAUAGAAGAUGAGCAUACAACUUCAGCUAAGUUGGUAUCUACUUGCUAAAUUGCUGAAUAAGCAUUGGCACGAUGUUAGUAAGAGGGGCUCUGUUGAUUACUGCUUUGGUUUUAACAGUAGGAAGAAUUCAGUUAAAGAAAAAGAUGGUAGUUUUAUAGCUGUGGUUUUACCUGUAAAUGGAUUUUGAUUUUACACGUCUUAAUUUGUAAUCUUUUGAAAAAUUAAAGUUUAGAUCUUGUUAAAGAAACCAUGUAUCCUACAGAGGAAAUGCAUUCGUCUACUGUUUUGAUAGUUGGGAAA